AUGUUCAGCUUUCGGAAAAGAGGCGGUUUGAGUAUCAGCCAGAUACCGAUGUCGAUCGGCGAUCUGUCACGGUUUCCGCGAUCGCUUCACCGGGAAGCGAUCACCGUGCGUCCGAAUAGUUCGGAGAUGGAAAUGGCGGAGCAACUGGACAACACCCAGGACGGCUCCACGCCGUCGCUUUGCUUUCUUCUGGACUUCUUCCAUAUGUACUACAUACCACUCAUCAUCCUUCUGGGUUUGGUGGGUAACCUGCUAUCGUGCAUAGUCUUUCUCAAGACACAGCUGAGGACACGCAGCUCCAGCUACUACUUGGCGGCGUUAUCCAUCGCCGAUUCCGGCUUCCUGGUAACACUGUUCCUGGUGUGGCUCAACAGCACGGUCGGCUGGCAGGUGUUCAACAAGGAAGGCUGGUGCGAAACGUUGGUCUACGUCAGCUCGGUCUGCAGCUCGCUCAGCAUUUGGCUGAUCGUCGCCUUCACCGUGGAGAGGUACAUCGCCUUCCGAUAUCCGCUGCAUCGGCCAUACAUAUGCACCGUCGAGCGGGCCAAGUCGAUCACCCUGGUGCUGGUGCUCGUCGCCAUGCUCCUUCACAUGUACGCCUUCUUCUUCGCCGGGGUGGUAAAGACCGAAGAGGGUGACGAGUUCUGCGACCUGAGGAUAGAGCAUCUGGAGGCCAUGCGGAUCAUUAGCAUCAUUGACAGCAUCAUCAGCCUGAUCGCGCCGAUUGUAGGUAUCAUCGUGAUGAACACCAUGAUCGUGAAGAACCUGCUGUUAUUCCGCAGGCUGCUCGCUCGGAACCGCGCGGAACCCUCCAACACUGAAAGCGAACACAACGACGUCAAUGAUCAUACUUAUGUCAAUGAUAUCCCGGUAGGUCUCACUCAUGGCUUCUUGGUUGGUUGCACUCGUGAAAGUAUGUGUAUCCCUGUUUAAGAUUUAGCUUAUUUCAAUCUAAAUUAAUGUGAAUCAAUAAAAUGAUGAUUGUUACGUAGAAAUCAGAUUGAACGUAAUGUAAACUUAUCGUUUUGCAUCCAUUAUUUUAAGCAAGUUGUCCACGCACUUUGUUUUGGCCUACAGCUUUUCUCUCU